UAUCGGUAGAAGAUCCAUGUACUUAAAGCUGCAGUGAAUGAUGGACGACGAUGAAAGUCCACAGAGAAGGCAUAAGACCUUCAGAAUCGCUAAAAGGGAGCGUUCUACGGUGUCUGAAGCUACUGCUGCUCCAUCAGAAGAGGAUACAACUCCACUCCAGUGCGUGGAUAAUGGUCUAGAUGCUCUGAUCCCGGAUAUCGAGGAUUACAUAUCAGAGUCAAUGACUGCGCAAAACAAUGAUCUAACUGAACUACCACCAGUUAUCAAGUUUAGGAAGAAUUGGAGUUUAUCAGUAACUGAUCUUUCAGCCCAGCUGUGGUGUGAGAAGCAAAUUGAGCUUGUGCUGAUAACAGGGCGCAAACGCGUUACUAAAGAAAUGGAACUGGGUACAGAACGACACGAAGCACUUGAAUUGGAGGACCACGACAUAGUUGAAGUCGAAGUUUUCACUAAUGAGGACUAUCUAGGCAUCAAGCUGCUAAACUCAAUCAAUUUACUUGAGCAGUUGAUGUCAUCUGGCAAGUGUCGUGAAGUAUGGGUAUUCGGCAACUUUCACGGUUAUGUCAUUCGCGGCAUCAUUGACCAGCUGGAGAUAAUAACGGGUGCCAACGGAAAGAAGCAAAUAUUGAUAUCGGAUACCAAAACCAGGAAACAACGUAAAAAACCAAGUAUGUCACAGGUACAAGGGGCGUCAUUGCAAGUACAAACUUAUGGAAUCAUCCUGGAAGAACUUAGGAAUAACAAUGUAAAGUUUGAAAAGUUGUACGAAUCUUUCGAGUGUGAUAAGCUGGCACCAUUCGUCUCCGAGGAACUAGUAUCCGAAGGAUGCCUAGCUAAACUCGAACAAAGGUUUCUCAAAAUGUUUGCUUCGUUACCUGAAAUCGCAACUACAAUGCAGCUAUCUUAUGAACAUGGAGGUGAAGUGUUCGAGACUUCCGAAAUACCACUGCAAAAGGAGUCCACCAUGUACACAAUACAGUAUUUAUGUGACUUUUGGGAAGGACAUCGCCAAGCAGAGCCCGUUGUAAAAAGGGAAUCGUGGAAGUGCAAAAUAUGUGAAUUCCAAGACGAGUGUGAAGUGACGCCAUUGGUCAAACCGGCGAAUAAACAGGUUAAAACAGACCCCGGGCAAAUAACUAUUGACGCUUUUUUGCAGAAGACUAAGUGAUAUUAGUCAC